AGGCAAGGGGUCCGGGUCAGAGUUUAGAGCUUUCAAAUCCCAACUUGCCCCUGGGGAUUGCACGGCUGACGUUUAAAUCGCCUAGUCAAGCCAACCGGCUCGCUCUUGUUGCAGCAAACCCUGACUUACAUCUCCUGUUUGACUUGAGGCGGCACAGUGGCCUGGUCGAUUGGCCGUGGCAAGUGACCCUCUCUGUGGCUGAAGUGUUCUGAGGACUGGCGAGAGAGGCGCGCCAUGCUUGCCCCCUGCUCAGGUUGGGAGCUUGGCUGCUUCCGUCUCUGUCUCCGUCAGGUCCGACUGUGGGCUGGCGCUGGGCGCUGGGCUUGCUGGGCUUGCUGGGCUUGCCAAGCCAGGCCGUACAGCUCAGGUGGGGGCGAGCGCUGGCCCGGAUCGGAGACUGAGGUCCCUCCGCCUGGCCCGGCGCGCCGGACUCUGAAGGAGUGGACCCUGCAGGUGAGCCCGUUCGGUCGGCUGCGGGCGCGGCUCCCGUGCCACCUGGCCGUGAGGCCCCUGGACCCCCUCACCUACCCGGAUGGCGACCGCGUGCUGGUAGCGGUGUGCGGCUUGGAGGGCGGCGCGCGGGGCCUGGACGGCCUGCUGGUGAAGUACGACGAGGAUCUGGAGGAGAUGGCCAUUGUGUCUGAUACUAUCCACCCCCAGGCGUCCGUGGAGGUGAACGCGCCCCUGAAGUUUGGUUUAGAUAUCAAGUCAUCAGGGUCUGGCUGUGUAAAAGUUCAAAGUAUUGAGUGUGAUAAUUGCAAAAUUGAAACAGAGCAUGGGACUAGCAUCUUGCAGUCUGUUAAGGGUCAAAAAUUGCAUGUUCAAACAAAAAGAGGCAAAGUGAUCUGUCUGGGAACAGUUUAUGGAAAUAUAGAUAUUCAUGCAUCAGACAAAAGUGCUGUGACCAUAGAUAAACUGCAGGGAAGUUCUGUUACUGUAUCUACCGAAGAUGGUUUGCUGAAAGCCAAGUAUCUUUAUACAGAAUCAUCAUUUCUGUCUUCUGCUGCUGGAGAUAUUACAUUAGGAAGUGUUCAUGGUAAUAUAACAUUACAAAGCAAGAUGGGUAACAUCACAGUAGAUUCAUCUUCUGGAUGUCUAAAAGCCUCAACUAAUCAGGGUGCCAUAGAUGUUUAUGUCAGCCAACUUGGGAAAGUGGAAUUGAAAUCCCUUAAAGGUUCUAUUAUUGUCAAGGUCCCAUCUUCACUUCAAGCUCAUUUGCAGUUAUCAGGGAAAGAGGUUGAUGUGAACUCAGAAGUCCAUGUUCAGGAAAUGGCUGAAGCUCGUAAAGAUGAUGUUGUAACAGUGACUGGACUCAUGAAUCAAGCAAGCAAACAUGAAAAAUGGAUUAAGGCUGAUGCCCCAGAAGGCACUGAAAGAGGAAUGAGAAAUGCAAACUAGAUGAAGAGUAUAAAAAGCAACCAGAGGCCAGGCGCAGCGCCUCACACCCAUAAUUCCAGCAGUUUGGGAGGCCGAGGCAGGUGGAUCAGCUGAGGUCAGGAGUUCGAGACGAGUCUGCCCAACAUGGUGAAAUCCCAUUUCUACUAAAAAUACAAAAAAUUAGCCAGGAAUGGUGGUGCAUGCCGGUAAUCCCAGCUACUUGGGAGGCUGAGGCAGGGGAAUCACUUGAACCCAGGAAGCGGAGGUUGUAGUGAGUCGAGAUCAUGCCAUUGCACUCCAGCUUGGGCAACAAGAGCGAAACUCCGUCUCAAAAAAAAAGCAACCAGAGUAAAUAAUUGGAUUUAUUCCAUUGGUUCUAUCAAAACAACUUAUUAAGAUGGAACUUCUAAUAUGUCUGAACUGUAACACUGCAUUUAAGCCAAUUUCUUUGCCAUACUUGGCUGUCUGUUAUUUAACUGACCUCAUAAAAUCCUCAAGAAAACGAUUUCUUAAGAAAUGCUCAGUUACAGCUGCAUCAAACAUCUUCUCCAAAAUGCCUUUCAAGAGCACCAAAUAAUUUUAGUGUAACAUAAUCAUUGAAUGUCUGUUGUUCUCAGAAAAGAACUAACGUUGGAGAAAGUAAUUAAAGCCAGAUCCUAAAAGUCAAUACAUCUGAGGCUCCAGACACUGACUCUGCAUGUGCUAUGGUUUCCACUAAACACUAAAAUGAGGUAAUUUUUUAUUCUUAUUAUGUUCACAACUCUUGCAAAACCUAACCAGGGUAAAAAAUUUAUUCAUUUUUUUCUCAUUAAGCGAAUUAUGUAGUGUGUAAAUUUUCAAUGUCUUGUGCUAAAAACAGAAUCUCUCCUAUAGUUACCUUUUCUAAGUAACGAGAGAGCAUUCUUGAUAAAGUGCAGAUAAUCUAAACAUCUCAAUUUACUCACUUUAUUUUAUUCUCUUUCCCUCUCUUUUUAAAUCCAGGUAAGGAAUUGUGAAAUUAGUUUGUAAGUCACUUUCUCCUCCCCCAGCUUUGUCUGUUGCCUUUUGGGACUUAAUAAUUGGGCUGGAGGAGGCAAGGGGAAAGAUUACCAUAUGCCCAGAAGUAUGAACCUUGGAAGAGGUAAAACUGGUUAAAAGCCACAACACAGACACACACGUGCCAAAAGCAGGGAGGAGAAAAAGAAGGAUGAGAAAUGAUGAAAAAGAAAAAUUUCAGGGUUGAGGGUGAGGGGAGGGAACUCAGAGUACUGGUCAAUAGGUGCAGCAAACCACCAUGACACACACAUACCUAGGAACAAACCUGCAUGUUCUGCACAUGUAUCCUGUUUUGUUUUGUUUUUUUAGAAAAAAAAAAGAAAAAUUUAUUGUUCAUGAAUUUGAAUAGAACAACUAAUCUUUUAGAUUACUGAAAAUAAAUACAUGUCAGUUUGUAAAAGAUUAAAUUGUUUUAAAGAUAUGCCAGAACUCAGCUGUAUGGUCAUAUAGUUAGCAAAUGGGUAAAUGCUUUCAUCUACAAUCUCAGAGCACCUAAAAAUAGUACAAUUUUUAGGCUCCAAAGAGUGAAAAGAAAAAUGUCUGGACCCCAUAGAAUCAAAAAAGAAUGACAGAAAACACUGGUCUCCUGAUACUUAACACAAAACUUUGGCCAAUACUCCUUCAUCGCAAGGAUGAGAGGAGCAUCUAAAAAUUAAUCAAUGAUGCAUAUUAAGAGGCUAUGUCAUCACCAUGGUACGUUUCAAUAUUUCUAAAUGAUUUCUAGUUAUUGGUCAAAUAUAAUUGAUCACCAUAUGAGAAAUAUAACCCAGUAUUAAAAAUGUUAAUAUUUUAAACUGUUUUGUCUAGUCUAUCACCUUGUCAAAGAUCUUUUGAAAGCCUGACUAUAUCAUAUUCAUAGAUAAAGCUUUGUAUAAAUGCAUGUUUAACCCUUAAGUUAAUUGCAGCAGGUAAACCAUGGCUUAACUUUAGAGGAAUCUUUCAACUUUUUCUCUUAGUAGGUUACAUACAUCUAAAUGAUUCGUAACCCUUUUUGUUAUUAAAGAGUUACAAUCU